AUGCUGGCUGUGCACAAUACGGCGCCGUUUAAGCUGGUGCGUGCUGCGGCCAAGUAUUUCCGGGUGAAGGAUGGCGAGCCGCGGGUGAUCAUUAACAUCAGCAGUACGAGUGGGAUUCAUGGGAAUGCAGGCCAGGCUAACUACGCCCUCGCCAAGGCCGGAGUGGUUGGACUCACCAAGACCAUCGCCAAAGAAUGGGGUCCCGCGUUUGGGGUCCGGUCGAACACCAUUGCCUUUGGCCAUGUGCAGACCCGGCUGACGGCAGCCAAGGAGAAGGGCGCGUUCAUUACCACGCCAGACGGCACCAAGGUGGCGCUGGGCAUUCCCGGGAAGCAGCUGGAGUCGCGCAAGGGCGGCGCGGGCGAGCAGAAGCAGACAUACCCGGAUAUCCCGUUGGGAAGACCGGCCUCGCCCGAGGAGGCGGCGAAGUCUGUCCUGGCCGUGGCUAGUCCCCUGUUCUCGUACGUGACGGGUGAGACGAUUCGGGUUACUGGUGGCAGGAACAUGUAG